CUUCGAUUCGCUACUUCGCGUUUAUUGAUAAAAAGAAAAUAGAAAUACAACUGACAGUGCUUUACGAAUUUAGUGAAUUUACGAUCGUCGUCGUUUAGACGUCGACCGACAUAGUUAAAUAUUAAUUGAAUAUUAAUAAAUAAUUAAUUUCUAUAUUUUUUUUUAAUCUCGAAUAACUUAUCACGCAAUCGGUUAGGAAUACACCGAUGACUGCUGUAAUUAUAUUUAUAGUUUUUGGCGCGGCUCGAUGAGAACGAAAAAUAUUUUCCGGAUCGCUAUGAGUAGAACAAUGUAAGAUCUAUUGUGCCGGCAAUACCGACUGAGAUACUGAACACGCGAUAAAAUGUCGUACGAACAGACUGCUUGCGAUGAUCUAAAAGCUUUUGAGCGGCGACUAACUGAGGUGAUUGCUUCCAUCAAACCAAUAACUAAUCGAUGGCGAACAAUUUUAGCUAUUUCAACAUUAAGUGCUUCAAUAGGUGCCUAUUAUUGGUUGACAGAUCCACAAACUGCUAAAGUAUCAUUCGUCCAAUCCCUGUACAAUCAUUUAUUGUUCACCAUUUCAUCUAUGAUGCUAAUGAUAUUACUCAUAACUGGUGUUCAUAAAAAAGUGAUAGCAACAUCAAUAAUAACGUCACGUGCGAGGCAAGUGCUAGCCGAUUUUAAUAUGUCUUGUGAUGAUUCUGGAAAACUAAUACUUAGACCUAGGCCUCAACAGAAUACAUGAUGUUAAA